GCCCAUACCGCAUAUGAGACAACCGACCUCUUUUUUAUUUUAGACAAUACAAACGACCUCUUUCAAUCGGCCUUCUUUCUGAUGAUGACCCAACAAGGAACCGAGCACGGGUAGAUUUCUGGUCUAUUUUAUAAAAACCAUUCAAUGUUGCGUAAAGCAGCGAAGCAAAGCAAAAGAUUAGUUAAGAAAGAACACCAUGGAAAUCGGAAACCAUGAAACCGGUGAUGCUCAUCCUUUGCUGAGAGGCGGUAGGAGAAAAACUACAUACACCCAUGGUUUCUCUUCAGCUCAAAUCCAAUCACUUGCUGCCAUCUGUGAAGCUUUAAUCCCUCCCCUCCCACUUGAUUCAGCCCACCAGGCUUCUUCCCUUGAUGCUUUCUACAAAGCUUCUGGGGCUGAGCCUCCACUUCCUGAUGAGGUAGCAGAGAUGAUGGUGAAGAGGGUGGUUGAACCCAGGGUACUCUCGUUUGUGAAAGUAGUAUUGACAGUUAUAUCGUUUAGAUUGGGCGCAUUGUUGCUUUGCGGGUGGGAUUGCUGUGACUGGAAAUGGCCAUUCAUUCACAAGUUUUCGGAACUGCCAGUGGAGAGAAGAGAAAAAAUACUAAUGAAAUGGUCAAGCAAUGGCCAUCAUCGCUUACCUCUAAGAGCUGUUUUUGCAUUGAUCAAAACUUACUGCUUGUUCAUCUUUUUCUCCAUGCUUUUGAAAUUUGUGUCUCAGACUGAUGAAAAAUCAGAGAACCCAUCAUGGAAAGCAAUAGGAUACAACGUAGACAAGCGGCAGAAAAGGGUAUCUUCUCCUCAUGGGCGAAAGGGUAUUAUAGAAACAAUGCACGAAGAUGACUCCACCUUCGUCCAAUCCCUCACUGAAAAAGGCCUUCAAGUCACGGAAGAUCCAGAUCACAACGUCUUCAACAUCAAAUGUGAUGUAGUGAUUGUUGGGUCUGGUUGCGGUGGAGGGGUUGCUGCGGCAGUUCUUGCAAGCUCAGGCCAGAAAGUGGUUGUUAUUGAGAAAGGCAACUAUUUUGCAACUACAGAUUAUACUUCUCUAGAAGGUCCCUCUAUGUCAGAGCUUUAUGAGUACGGAGGCUUUUUGACAACCACCAACGGGAAAUUUAUGAUCAUGGCUGGCUCAACAGUUGGAGGGGGUUCCGCUAUUAAUUGGUCUGCAUCAAUCAAGACGCCCAACAACGUGCUCAAAGAGUGGUCCCUGGAUCAUAAAAUUCCACUCUUUGGUAGCUCUGAAUACGAAAAUGCGAUGGAUGCCGUGUACCAGAGGCUCGGUGUUACAGAAAAUUGUACGGAAGAAGGGUUACAAAAUCAAGUUCUUAGAAAAGGGUGUGAGAAUCUUGGGUUGAAAGUGGAAGCAGUUCCGAGGAAUUCGCCGGAGGAUCAUUACUGUGGUUCCUGCAAUCUUGGGUGUAGAACAGGAGACAAGAAAGGAACUGCUACCACUUGGCUGGUUGAUGCGCAGGGUUAUGGUGCAGUGAUCCUGACAGCAUGCAAAGCUGAUAGGCUUAUGUUGGUGAAUAACAAUGAGGAUGCGAGGAGAAGAAAGAAAUGCCUGGGUGUGGUUGCGACGUCUUUGAACAAAAAUCUGACCAAGAAGCUGCAAUUUGAGGCUAAAACAACGAUUUCAGCAUGUGGAUCUCUACUGACUCCUCCUUUGAUGAUAUCUAGUGGGUUAAAAAACCCAAAUAUUGGCAGGAACCUUCAUUUGCACCCAGCGCUAGUAGCUUGGGGAUACUUUCCAGAAGAUGAAACAGGGAUCAAAGGCAAAAGCUACGAGGGCGGAAUCAUAACUUCAUUCAACAGGAUUGUUUCAGAAGAAUCCAAUAAUGUCCAUGCAAUCAUCCAAGCUCCUGCACUAGGACCAGCAUCGUUCGCAGCCAUAUCUCCAUGGGUUUCAGGAAGGGAGCUGAAGGAAAGAAUGGUGAGGUAUCCAAGAUUGGCUCACCUUUUCACGCUGAUAAGAGACCAGGGUUCAGGAGAAGUAAUGGAAGAAGGGAAGAUCAAGUAUCGGUUGAGUGAAGUGGAUAAAGAAAAUCUAAAGAUUGGGUUGAGACAGGUGUUAAGGGUUCUGAUUGCAGCUGGGGCAGUGGAAGUGGGAACCCAUCGAAGCGAUGGCCAGAGAAUUAAAUGCAAAGGUCUUACAGAAGAAAGUUUGCAGGAGUUUUUGGAUAACGUUCCCGUGGUAGGAGGGCUCAGUUCCAAGGAUGAGUAUUGGACCCUCUAUCUUACAGCUCAUCAGAUAGGAAGUUGUAGAAUGGGCGCAACCGAGGAAGAGGGUGCUGUGGAUGAGAAUGGUCAGAGUUGGGAAGCUGAAGGAUUGUUUGUUUGCGAUGCUAGUGUCCUGCCAACUGCAAUUGGAGUCAAUCCCAUGAUCACCAUACAAUCCACCUCCUACUGCAUUUCCAACAAGAUUGCACAAUUGUUGAAGAAGGAAUAAAUUAACACCUUCCAUCACUAAGUCCCUCUUACAUUCAUGAGCUGUAUUAGACCUGCAAUUAAAUUGCGAGCGUGUGUGUGUGUGUGAACUGAGCCUCUCAAGUGAUCUCAAUAAAACUACUGUUGUAACUUAAAA